AUGCAGCACGAGGCCUCCUACCGACAAACGCCAGCCACCACCUUCAACCGCCGGAAGCACCGAGGCACGUACGACGCCGAGACGAUCCACAACAUUGUCAACACAUCGAGCGUCUGCCAUGUCGGCUUCCAGCCGUCGCCCGACGAUCCGUAUCCCGUCGUGCUGCCCAUGAUCGCCCAGAUUGCCGUCUAUCCCCCCGACGCCGGCGACGACGUGGCCCCCGCCUGCUACCUGCACGGCUACGUCUCGAGCCGGCUGAUGAGGCUGGGCGGCGACGGGCUGCCCGUGUGCAUCGAGGCCACCAAGGUCGACGGCUUCACCAUGGCCCUGACCCCCUUCAACCACAGCUACAACUACCGCUCCGCCAUGAUCCAGGGCGACGCCGCCGUCGUCGAGGACCCCGACGAGAAGAUCUGGGCCAUGCAGCUCAUCACCAACGCCGUCGUCCCCGACCGGUGGGCCCACACGAGGGUGCCACCCGACGCCGGCGAGAUGCAGUCGACUCGCAUCAUGAAGGUUCGUAUCGAGCGGGCUAGCGCAAAGGUCAAGGGCCACGUCCCGAGCGACGAGAAGAAGGACCUGAGGCGCGACGACGUCGUCGACGACGUCUGGACCGGCAUCAUCCCCGUGUGGGAGACGUUUGGCGAGCCCGUCCCCAGCCCGUACAACAGAGUCAAGGAGACCCCGGCCCACAUCGCCGACUUUGUCAAGAACGAGAAUCUCAAUGCGAUGGAGUUUGCCACCGAGGCUGCCUCUGCCGCCGAGCCCUCGAAGAGCGGGGCCUCCUAA